CUAAGAAUCACAUUCUUCUUCUUGCAUGUCAAUCUGAUCAGAUUCCCAAGUCAAUGGUUUUGAUUUGAGGGCUGCUUCAAGGCACAUACAGUAGCUUCUUGGGAACCCUAGCUCUCUCGGUUCUUCAGGUUGAAUUUCUCGAGAAGAAGAUUAUCUUGUUUGAUGGGUACGGUGGAGGCUCGAUCAAAGGACCCAUCUGGGUGUUCAUCGCCUUCGCCAGAGAAUGACAAGAAUGAGCUAAGGGAAGCUCUGUGUGCUUUGAAAAAUGGGGCCUCAGAAAACGGGGUUGGUUUCUCUGGCCAUGAAAGCCAAGGUUUUAGUGAUGGUGGGGUUGUUGAAGUUUUGAAGAGCAGGGUCUUUGAGACCCAGGUUUUGGUGGAGGGGGAUAUUGUGGGGAGAGGAGUGGUGGAUGGUUUGGCUGAUUCUGAGAUGAACGGGGUUUCAUCUUUAUUGAAAAUGAGAGGGAGUGGUAGGAGCUUGAUGUUUUCUUAUGGCAGUGAGAGUGAUAGUUCUGGGAAGUUGAAUGCUGGGGGUGUUUCUUUUGGGGUUGGAAUGGAAGGAGUAAGAAAAGAUUGGAAGAGAAGUGAGGAUGAAGAUGACCGAUAUGAGAAAAGUAUGACCGUAGAUGUUCCAAUUGUUGAUACAAGUGACAACAAGGAUUUGGAAAUGGAAGAUUUGGGUGAUGAAGAAUAUGGUGGGUUUUCAGUUGGUGAUUUUAUAUGGGGGAAAAUUAAGAGUCAUCCCUGGUGGCCUGGAAGGAUUUAUGACCCUUCUGAUGCUUCAGAGUUUGCUUUGAAGCUGAGACAAAAGAAUAGACUCCUUGUGGCUUACUUUGGGGAUGGAACCUUCGCUUGGUGCCAUCCUUCUCAAUUGAAGCCGUUUGAGGAAAACUUUGAGGAUAUGGUGAAGCAGAGUAGCGCUAGGGCUUUUAUGAAUGCUGUACAGGAAACUGUAAGUGAGGUUGGAAGGCUGUUGGAUUUGAAGAUGACUUAUUCAAGUGCUGAAAUGGAAAUUGGGUCUGAAUUUACUCGGCCCUUGGCGAGCAAUUCUGGAGUCAAGGAGGGAGUUCUUAUCCCUGAAAAUGGUGUCGAGAAACUUCAAGAUGUUCUGAUUGAUCCAGCAGCAUUACUUUCUCGGGUGAAACAAAUUGCCAAAAUUAUUUCCAUUGGUAAUAUUCUGGAGCUGGAAAUAUUAAAGGCUCGGCUUUCAGCCUUUUACCUAUCAAGAGGAGGUUAUGGAUUACCUAGGUAUGAGGCGCCCCGGCCUGUUCCUGGGCUUGAAGAUAAUUUAAUUGACAAAACAGUGGAUGUAGGCAGCAGUAAGGGUGCAGUGGAAGCACCUGUCCAGGGGCCAUUUGAAGAGGACUACUCUACCUUGCCAGUGAACCCAAAAUCUGUUGAACUGAGCUAUUCACAUGGGAUUUCAGGAAAUAGAUUGAAUCAUAGAAUUAAGCAGAAAAGCAUUGCUGAGAUUAUGGGUGAGGACAAAGAUGUCAAUACCAAAAAUAAGAAGGUAGAUGCAUCUGAAAAAGCAACAGUUAGAAAGAAGAAGAAAGGCAGUGAGGAUGCAAUGACAUCUAAACCAGUGCAUAAGAGAAAAGGGUUACUUGCAAAUACUGAUAGAAACAUGCGGAGUGAUGAAAAUGAUGGCAGUGGUGACAAGGGGACAUUGCAGCAGUUGAAAGAGAAGAGAAAAGCUUUUGGUAAUGAAAACACUAGUAGUGGUAGGAAAAAGGGGACUGAGGGAAAAAGGAAAGCCAAGCAACAAAAUGAGAAGGGUUCUUUGUCAAGAGAAAGAAAGAAAAGCAAGUAUUUGUCCCCUCCUUUCACUAUUCCAACCAGAGAGCAGAGGAAAGGAGACAGAGAAUCAGAAUCCCUUAAAGUUUCUAGCGAAGCUCUUGUAUCAGAGCCAGGGACAGGAGCUUCUGAUCAGCUUCUACUCUCCCCUGUACCUUUGAAGUGUAAUGGUGAGGCACUUCAGGUGAAUUUUUCCAUGGAACUUGCCAAAGAACAGGACCUUCCUGAUAGCUCAAAUUACCAAACACCAGAAGAUGGUGACCACAAGACUAUUGAUACAAUGAAAAUUCAGGUUCCUUUGGGUGAAGUUCUGUCUGAAAUCCACUUUGCAGCUAUUAGUCCACAAGUUCCUAGGGAUUUGAAUUCUCUUAAAAGAAUUGUGGACUUCAUAUUUAUCUACAGAAGCUCAUUAUAUCGCCAAGGGUCCUACUACAAAGUAUACAAGAAGCAUCAAGCUAGCAAGAAAAGAAAGAAGCCAGAAUCUGAUAUUGAGAUGUUGAAGAAAGAUCAAAAUCAAUCUGAUCAUACAUCACCUAAUAAUAAUUCAGAGACAAAGAAGAGAAGAAGGAAGAAUGAAACAACUUCAGGUUUGCCUAAAGAGAAGCAAGCAGCUGUACAUAUGACUUGCAAGAAGGGUACUCGUGAAGAUUCUUCAGCGGCUUCUCUUCUUGUCUCAUUUGGGCCAGGAUCCUCUCUGCCUUCAAAAUCUGAUCUUAUCACACUGUAUAGUAAGUUUGGAACUUUGAAUGAAUCCGAAACAAACAUGUUCUCAAGUAGUUAUACUGCUCAGGUGUUCUUCCUAAAAGCUUCUGAUGCUGAAGAGGCGUUGAGCUAUUCACAGAACAUGAGCCCCUUCAAAUCUUCUGAUGCCAGUUUCAGACUUGAGUAUCUUUCUGCUAGUUCCAAGUCUGAAAAAUUGAAGUCUAAGGCUUCUUCUGCAAAGAAAAAAGACGAUACUCCAGCCAAGGCAUCUGCUUCACUGUCACCAGGUAGUGAAGCAUCCAAAUUAAACUACAUAAAGCAGAAACUUCAGAGUCUGACCUCAAUGCUAGAAGUAUUGGAUGGUAAAUCUCCUGAUAUGAAGACAAAAUUAGAGGGCAAGAUGAAAGGGCUUUUAGAGGAUGUGAACAAAAUGGUUGAAUCUUCUUCAUCCUAGAUAAACUGGAAUACUUAGCUAGUAAUCAGGGUAGGUUUAUGAUAUGUCAUUUCCUUUUAGUGAACUGUCUUGUUUGAGGGUCAAUUUGUUUUUCCCAUUUGCGAGCCUAGCUUUAUUUGAGAGGUAAAAAUUACCAAUAUCAGUAUGUUGUGUAGCAUAUGUAACUUGCUGUAUUCAUAGACUGUAUAGAGACCGACAUCCUUUUAGAUUUUCUGUCUCUUAUGAUAGUGGUGAAAAAACAGUUAAGUAUCAAAGGUAUAAUGUUAUCUUUUCUAUAAUGUUGUGUGAAAUACUUUAAUUCUGCGGUAGCUGUGACGCUUGAUUAUGAUUGAAAAGGAAAAGAGAUGGUGGAAC